AUGGCUGACUCAAACGCAAAUAUAUCCAAAGCAAAUUCAGCUUCAUCGAUUUCUUUCCAUAAUCCUGAGCAGCUCGUUAAUUAUGAAGAUCUAACAUUAGAAGAAAAGUUUCUUAGAAACAUAAGUAGCUUGCGCAGCAAUAGAGCUGAGUCUAUCAGAAGAAUAACUGAGCUAUCAGAAAAAGAAAACUACGAAGAUGCUACUCUUUGGCUAGCUGAUAAUUCCAGGGAUAAUUACGAAUGAGAUAAACUCGUCGAACUUUAUAAAAACUAUUAA